GAAGCAGAGCGCAUGAAAUGAGAAAAAGGCAAUAAGUACUUCAUGACCUGGUAAUGGAAUUGAGUACCAUAUCAAAAGCAUAUGAAAAUGGUGCACCAAGACCUCCUAGUGUUCAUCAAGAAAGUAUUGCUAAAAGUGCAACAGCAAGCUGUACACAACAUGAGAAAGCUAUUAAUGAUAUUGAUACUAAAGAAACAGAACCAGCCGAUAAUUCUCAAAAGAAGGUACCGCUUGAUGAUACUCAACGGAAGAAAAUGUCUCAUGUUGAACUAAAGAAUAAUGAAGUCAAGUUGGUUGUUGAUAAUAUUGAGAACAUUGUUGCCAUUGGGGAGAUUGCUGACUUAGGUGGGCCUGAAUCUGUUGUCCAUGGUAUGACGUUGGGAGAAAAAGAUUUGCGCGUAUUUGUUACUCGACCAAUUAAAAAAGAUGCUCGAUUACCUAACCCA